GAUGUUCCAGUACCUUCUACCUCAAAUUUAACUUUACCAGAUCUAAUUGUAAUUCAAAGAAGGGUGCUUUCAGAUGAAGAAAGAGAAAUUCUUAAAAAGUUAGAUCAGCAUACAGAAUCUUUGCCUGCAAGUUUUGUUGAAAAAUUAUCGAUGAAAUUAAAAAAUUAUUCAAGUUCUUGGACUUAA